AUGAGGGCUGAUAUCGCGUCUGUCGUUGUGCAGGCUGUCUUGGUCCAGGCCUAUGCUGUCCCGCAAAUGUCGCCGCGUUCCGGCGAUCCUCUCAACGACAUGAACAAGUGGUGCUUCCCGCCAAGUCUGAGCACGGAGGAGAGUGCUUACAAAUUCUGGGACGAGGAGAUUGGCGGAAGCUGGCUAUUGAACUCAUGGGCAAAGAUCAGCCAGCACGGACCAAAGGAUUGGUUGAUGGGAGAUGGGGGCUAUGAGAGAGGACUCUACUCUGUCAGCAAGACCGCCUUUGACUCCUGUACCGUGCUUGGCGGGACCUGCAAGGCAACGAAGAAUUGGGACUGCCCACAAUACUUUGCCGAGGCCGAGAAGCCCGAGAACUCCAAUGACCUCAAGCCCGCCUACUGGCAGUUCCGAGCCCUCGAGGGCGUGUACACUGUUUUCAACCAUUACUACACCGAGCUGCACGCCAAAGUCACCGAGCUCAGCGGUCGUAUUGAUGAGAUCAUUCUCACGAUUGGUGGUAAGCCAGAGACCGAUGACGACAUGGUUGCAUGGGUUGCUGCAGCUUUCAACAUGCUUGGAGGCGGGUUUGGUCCUAUUCCCGGAGCUGGCGCUUCUUUCACCAUGAUUGGCGAGAUACUUUCCCUGGUCGAGAAAGAGGAGGACGAGCCUGUCAAUGGGAAGAUCAGUGCCGAGCUCAGCAAGGCUUUCGCCCAAACCAAGCAUGGCCUCGAGAAGACCCUCCGUGCGGUCUUCGGUGCUUCUACGAUUGACGACGAUUAUACCAAUCUUCCGGCUCCCAGAAACGACAACUACGAUUUCCCCAUAGCCAAGUUCCUCAACACGGGCAUCUGGCUCGCGCAUCUGCACACGAGCGGCAUCACAGAUCAUGUGCAGGACGCAGUGAAGAACAUCGAGCGCAAAGUUGCUCAUCAAGCACUCGUCCAUGCAUACUAUGUCCUCGUCCUCAACGAGCAUCGCCCGAGUGAGCAGGAAUGCUACGACGGUGUCAUUGGACGCGAGUGGAUCGAAUGGGAGAACAAGUUUUACUGCGUCAAUCUUCAGCAGUGGGACCAACGUGUGAGCUUGUACCGGGAGCCGCUACCAGAGUUCCACACCGGCGUGAUGGCGCAGUACGGUCUCGACAAUCGUGCCGCUUACUAUCGCUCCAUCAUGGACUGCGGUUUCAACGCUGAGGGUGACCACAACCUUGACCUCAGCAGCGAGGGUCCUGGCAAAGUGCCAAGAUGUUACUUCCCCAUGGCGAUGGUUCGUAUCGUGAAGGAAGAGCAGUGCGGGACAAGGGGCACAUGCCACCACAAUGUUGAAGCGGUUGAGGGCGUCCCGUUUGAGUACGAUUUCAUUGGCUACGACCCUUGA